AAGGAAUUGGUGGAAUCUACACUUCUGUUUACGCUAAUUUAGCUACAAAUAUCCCUGAAAUAAUCAUCGGAAUUAUCAGUGUAAAAAAUGGACAAAUUCAAAUCGCGAUAUUAUCUAUGGUUGGAUCUGUAUUUUCUAAUCUAUCAUUCGUUUACGGAAUUACUAUUCUAAUAUCUGGAAUUUCUGUUUAUGUUACUGAUAUAUUAGUUGAUUUAUUCACAUUCAUAACACCUACUCUCGGAGUGACUUUUACCGGUUUCAUUUUAGUUCCAUGCAUAGGAAAUGCAGUUGAACAUGCAAUCUCUAUCAUUUUUGGAAUUAAGGAUAAAAUGGAUAUUGUUAUUGAUAACACAGGAGGUUCCGCUAUCCAAAUUAUCUAUUUUGUUUUACCAAUAAUCGUAAUUAGUGGAUGGAUCAUGAAUUUAUCUGUUACUAUGUAUUUUUCACCCUUUAUUACAUUUAGCACAUUUGUUUGUUCAUUCGUAUUUAAAUUGUUUGUCGUGGAUG